AUGCCAGUACCGCAAGAUGACUCCCUUCCAGUCGGCAAUCCCACUUCGUCAUCUCAAACAAUCCCAGCAGAAGCUCAACCGGAAGUAGCGCAAGUCCUCGAGAAAUUCCAAAAGUUAGGUGAAGAUGCAGCUGCCGAAGAUGAAAGUGAUGAUGACGAUGCUGAAGGUGCUGAAGGUGCUGAAGAUGGUGUAGAAGAUGAAGGUGCCAACGAAGGUGCAGGUGGUGAAGGUGGUAAGAAGAAAAAGAAGAAGAAGAAGAAGGGAAAAGCUUCAAAAGCUAUUCAAAAGUUGAAGAACAUAACUACCGGACAAGCACCUCAACAAGUUAUUGAUGCUGUUAGGGAACAGAUGGAUCCUCAAGAAGCUUCUGCCGCUACAGAUGAGGAGAUUCAGAAAGCUCUCAAAGCAGCUGAUUUGAUGAAGAUAUUAGAUGGUAAAUUAGCACUGGGAAAUAAAUCAAACACGAAGAAUCUUGGUGAACAUAAGUUCUGGAAAACACAACCUGUACCUCAAUUCCCAACAUCGUCUUCCCGAGCGAUCCUCGAAGAAGGUCCUAUAGACGAUCUGAAAGCUCCGUCAGAUGUCAAGCAAGAACCAGGAACGUUACCUUCAGGAUUCGUAUGGAGCCUGAUAGACAUUAAGAAUGAAGUACAGUGCAAGGAAGUGUAUGAACUUUUAUCAGAAAACUACGUAGAAGAUGAUGAGGCUAUGUUCAGAUUCAAGUACUCGAAAGAGUUUCUGCUUUGGGCAUUGACUGCUCCAGGCUAUUACGCAAAUUGGCAUAUCGGUGUACGAGUUCAAAAAACAGGUAAACUGAUAGCUUUCAUUUCCGGUAUCGACAUUGAGAUCAGAGUGAGAUCAAAGACCUUUAACGCUGCGGACAUCAAUUUUCUCUGUGUACAUAAGAAACUUCGAUCGAAACGAUUGACCCCUGUAUUAAUUAAAGAGGUGACAAGAAGAGUCAAUUUGGAAAAUGUCUGGCAAGCUAUCUACACUGGAGGUGUAGUGAUCCCUACACCUAUAGGAACAUGCAGGUAUUGGCACCGUAACCUGAAUCCACCCAAAUUAGUAGAUAUCGGUUUCUCACCUUUACCAAGAGGAUACACAAUUGCUCGAUUGGUCAAAUCAUACUCUGUUCCUCCUCAUCCUCGUUUACCCGGAUUUAGAGAAAUGAAUACUGCAGAUGUACCUCAAGUUGGAAAUUUGCUUCGAAAAUACUUAUCCAGAUUUGAUGUCGCUCAAACGUUUAGUAAAGAUGAGGAAGUUGAACAUUGGUUCUUAUCUGGUCAAGGUAGAGAAGAAGGUGGUAAGAGGGUUGAACAAGUCGUGUGGUCUUAUGUUGUCGAGGAUCCAACUACACACUUGAUAACGGAUUUCAUGUCGUUCUAUUCUCUUCCAUCGACAAUAAUGAAACACCCCAAACAUGAUGUUCUCAACGCUGCUUAUCUUUUCUAUUACGCUUCCGAUGUCAUUUUCUCAGCUGGUGGAUCAUCAGAUGACGCAGCUACGCAUGAUGCCAAAGCAAACAAGAAAUUGGAGGAGAGAUUGAAUGCUUUGACUAACGAUAUGUUAAGUAUCGCCAAAGCGGCUGGAUUUGACGUACUUAACGGGUUGAGUUGUUUGGAUAAUAACUUGUUUUUACAAGAACAAAAAUUCGGACCGGGAGAUGGUUAUCUCAAUUACUACUUGUACAACUGGAGUUGCGCACCUAUUGACGGUGGUCAAAGAACAACAUCCCUCAAACAGAGCUCUGGUAUCGGAGUGGUGAUGCUUUAA